AUGCUUCCAGAGGGACGCAAGCUGCGUGUGGCCGUCAUCGGCGGUGGCCCGGCGGGCGCCAGCACAGCGGAUGCCUUGGCCCAGGAGGGCAUCGAGACUUACCUCAUUGAGAGGAAGCUGGACAACUGCAAGCCCUGUGGCGGAGCCAUCCCUCUGUGCAUGAUCGAGGAGUUCGAUCUGCCCAAGGACAUCGUGGACCGCCAGGUGCAGAUCGGCCAGACCCUGAAGGACGACGAGUUCAUCGGCAUGGUGCGCCGCGAG